CACUCCCACUGCUAGCGCCAAUGAGAGAGAAGUAGCUGACGUGUUUUUUUCUGAUGGCGCACGCGUGCAGUUAGUCCAGUUAUCUAACUCAUUUUGAUAGACAGGACUGCAAUGUGGAGGGGUGUUUGCAGACCACUCAAAACCCUAACGGGCAGCCUUUUCUCCGGGCCGAGGUGUGCACGCUAUGCCCGCUGGAGAACUGCCCCGAUCCGCGGAUUCAGCGCUGGUAAAGGCGAUGACUUUUUCAAAGACGUGGAGUCAGAGUUGAAGAAGUUCCGUGCGAAGGCCGCAGCGGCCCUGCCCGGCAGUGAUUGGACCCCGCUGGUAGUGAACCCGGCUCUGCCCCCCGAGCGGGCCGACGUGGUCAUCGUGGGCGGGGGUGUGGUGGGCUGGUCCGUCGCUUACUGGCUGAAGAAGAAGGAGCGGAUCCGAGACGGCGUGAGAGUGGUGGUGGUGGAGAGAGACCCCACGUAUUCGCAGGCCUCCACAGUGCUGUCGGUGGGAGGGAUUCGGCAGCAGUUCUCCAUGCCGGAAAACAUCCACAUGUCCAUGUUCUCCUGUGAUUUCAUGAGGAACAUCAACGAGCACCUUGAUGUGAUGAACGAGGACCCUGUCGAUCUGCAGUUCAACCACGCCGGGUAUCUCUUCUUGGCCAGUGAAAACGGAGCAGAAAUCAUGGAGCACAAUUAUAACAUCCAGAGGGGUGAAGGAGCAAAAGUCAGCCUGCUUUCACCAACGCAACUGAAGAAUAAGUUCCCGUGGAUUAACACUGAAGGAGUGGUCUUGGCUUCGUAUGGUAUGGAGAAUGAGGGCUGGUUUGACCCCUGGGCUCUGCUCAACGCGUUCCGAAAGAAGGCCAUCUCUAUGGGCGUGUACCAGUGCUUCGGAGAGGUGACAGGGUUGCAGUGCACGAGUCGGGAGAUGAUGACGGCGGAGGGGGAGCCAGUGGAGUUCAAGAGGAUUCAUCACGUCAUUGUGAGGAUGCCGAACAGUUUGGAGAGCCAGCCGGUGGAGUGUGGUUUGGUGGUGAACGCAGCAGGCGCCUGGUCUAGGAAGGUGGCAGAGAUGGCCGGGAUUGGCACCGGCUGCAAAGACACCAUGGCGGGCAUACCGUUACCCGUGGAACCCAGGAAGAGGUACGUGUACGUGUUCCACUGCCCCAACGGGCCGGGUCUGGAGAUGCCCCUGCUCAUUGACCCCAGUGGAGCCUACGCCAGGAGGGAGGGGCUGGGAGGAAACUUCCUGGGGGGGCUGUCCCCCAGCGAGGAGGAGGAACCUGACGCCAGCGAUCUAGAGGUGGAUCAUGAUUUCUUCCAGGAGAAGGUGUGGCCCAAGUUAGGCCAUCGAGUGCCAGACUUCCAGAACAUCAAGGUGAGGAGUUCCUGGGCCGGUUACUAUGACUACAACACCUUUGACCAGAACGGCAUCCUGGGCAUCCAUCCACUGGUCAACAACAUGUACCUGGCCACUGGCUUCAGCGGCCACGGCCUCCAGCAGUCUCCGGCCACGGGGAGGGCAGUGGCUGAGCUCAUCCUGGACGGAGGCUUUAAAACCCUGGACCUCACCGCUCUGGGGCUCGGGCGACUCUUCUCAGGGGAGAGAAUGCUGGAGAGGAAUAUCGUGUAAGCCCUGGCCUGCUGUGAGGCCUCACUGCCACAUCCGGAGUCUGUGUUGUACCUCGCUGCUCAGUUCACAUCAAAUUCAUUUGUCUCCUAACAUAACUCUCUCCCCCAGGCCUUGUUCAUUUUUUUUAUGUGAGUUCUGAUCUGGGAUGUGCCGCUAUUCCAUCAGUAACUCAUUUUUAUUUGAAUACCAAGAUCACACGUAUGAAUGUGGUUCAAAUAACGCUAUAUUUUGACUGAUUGCCAUCAAACUAAAUAAAAAGUAGUCCUGCAGUAAUUGCAAGCUCCCUAGGGAUCACAUGUAUACACUCCUACCCAGAAGGUAGCAAGGUCAUGCCAACAAAUACAAUAGACUUCACAGAUCCUCAGCCGUUCCUGUAAUCUGGACAGCUUUAUCUAUUCCUGAUACAUUCCCCCAGGGUCGAUAAUCAUCUUCUUCUUUGUUGUAACUGAGCCUAAUCAUACCACUCUCUUGGAUAAAGCUUGGUUUCGAUCAGAAAGGGAAUGGAGGUUGGAAUUCUGUGAUGGAAUACAGAAUCAGAAAGGGAAUCUGGAGGCUGGAAUUCUGUGAUGGAAUGCAGAAUCAGAAAGGGAAUGGAGGCUGGAAUUCUGUGAUGGAAUACAGAAUCAGAAAGGGAAUGGAGGCUGGAAUUCUGUGGGAAUACAGAAUCAGAAAGGGAAUCUAGAGGUUGGAAUUCUGCGAUGAAGUACAGAAUCUUCUUACCUUAGUUUUUUGGGUACUUUUCUACAUUGUGCAUGUAAUGUCCACCUCCUGUAUACUUUUAAGACAAUGCAUAAAAUUGUAAGCAAGGAAUUGUAGAGAACAGGCAAACAUAAGUUCGCUAUUAGACUUAGUAUCAUUCACUAGUGAGAUAUUUUAAAAAGUAUCUUAAAGAUUCUUGUAGUUUAAGGAUUUUUACCAUGUGAUCACAUACUGAAUUGAAGUGCUAACUGGAAGUGUUUCAAAUGUAAUCUUUUUUUUAAUUAAG